AUGGUUCAGGAGACUGUUUCAAAUGAAGCUGCUAGUAAUAUCAUCAAGGGUAAGCUUGAGGAACUUGACAAAAAAGCUAAAAAAGUUAAAUGUGAGAAUGUGCAUGGCUUUGAGCUGCUGGAGUUAUUAAUUAAAUACAAUGCCAAGGACAUAGAUAUGUUAUUGGUGGAGUGCAAUGAGCUGGAAGUUCAGUUACAGUUGGAAGUUGAAUACAACAGGUACAAGUAUAAACACCAGCAUAUUUACCAAACUACAUCUGUGAAGCCUGCUAUUACUUUCAGCCCAAAAUAUCUGGUUUAUGUGCUAGGGGAACCUGUUGAUCUUAGAUGUUCAGUUUCCUUAGAGUCUGGAAAAUUUAAUUUAGUGUACGUGUUCUAUAGAGAUGAACAGAGACUAUAUGAAACUCGCUCUACGUCAAACUACUGCACUUACCGUUUACUAAUUGAAGCCAGCUCUGAAGGAUAUUACAGCUGUUCUUAUGCUAAACAUGGAUCUACAUUUACUCUAAUACCCAGCAAUACUCAGGAAUUGUUUGUUACUGAUGCUCCUAAAGGCCCACAAAUAUCGAUUGAACCAAAAAGCCAGACAUAUACCACAGGACAAUUUAUUACACUGGUAUGUUCUGGCCCAUCUGCCCAUUUUGUUAAAGGUUACUCCUUCUUUGAAAAUGGAAAUGAAAUCUGCAAGGAAAUAUCAUCAAACAACCAGUGCAAAUAUGACCUUCCAGGAAGCGAUGCUUCUACUACCACACUAACGUUCACCUGCAUCUUUAAAAUGGAAGUGUGGGAAUGGCUUAUUCCUUCACAAAAGAGUGAACCUUUGCAUUUGCUAGUGAAUCGUAAGUAAAUGCAACUAUAAUCAGUUCUCUUUAUCAUAUGCAUUCAGUUGUACAAACAUUGCUGCAGCAAAAGUGCUAAAUGACAAAAUAUUACAUCGAAUUAUUCACUUGACUUAUAGUUCAUGGAAUGUAUACUCUUCCUGUUUUACUGAGAAUGCUGAAGAAACUUACACUGUUACUAAUGCUAGCUGAUAUUUACUGUUACAGGAAAACAACCUUAGGAGUAGUUUCUUGAUUAACCAUGGUGAAAAACAUGCCCAAUAGCAAAUUCAGAGGUCUGAAAACUUUGCCAUGUAAAAUACAGAUUCCUGGAUGAAAGCCCAGUUGUAAAAAAUGGAAAACUUCACAUGAGAAUUUCCAACAACAAUUAACUCCAAUCACAUUUAAUGAAAAAUUAUGGGAUGAAAAUUAAAAUGCCCUGGGCAUUGUGUGAUGGCUUCAGUGUACACACCGCUAACUUUAGAAUACUAACACUGACAUUUCAUACCCUCAGUGAAAAUGGGAAUACUUGGUUAAAUAGUCUGCUAAUUUUUCUGCUCCUGUUUACUUUAGCUGAUGAAUUCCUAUUCAAAGAAAUAAUAAGAUGAAAUGUUUAAUUUUAUAGAUUAGCAAAUUUGCAAAUAGUCCAAAAAUCAUAGAACUAUAUUCCAGCAGCUCAUUGCAGUCCAUAUCAUACUGAGAUAAUAUCCAGUACUAAAUUAUUAGGGGUUAUAGUAGAUGACAUGAUGGCAUUUUAACCUCCACAUCUAACAAGCAGUCAAAAAAAAAAAAUUAGAAAUUAAGUCUUCUAUAUAGAGCCAAACAAUAUAUGACUGCAAGUAACCGGAUAAGAUCAACAUCUACCUACCCACUGCCUACACUUCUGUAUGACUCUCCUAUUUUUAUCAAAUUCCAGUCCAUCCUGACAGCUAAACUAGAGUACUGUUAUAAUAAAAUAAACAAAUUUUCUCCCAACAAGGCAUACUCCACACAUCACUGUAUUGCCCUCAGACACCUUGUAUUGGCUUGAGCUACCUCACCUCCUCACCUUCUCACCUGCUCUCAACUUCAAUAUGCACACAUAUUAGUCUUUCAUCCUGAAAAAUACCCCACCCUAAAUGGUAUAAUAUAACUCAACUCCACCAGUAGGGCUCUACAGUCUACUGACAGACAUCUCCACUCAAUUCACAAAGUUUACAACAAAACAGAAAAUGAUCUUUACUCCAAUUGUAUCUCAAAAUCCUAGAACUCAAUUCCCUCUCCAAUCAGACUUCUCAGCAAUACGUCUUCAAAGAUAAAUUAAAAUUGUUCCUGCUUAACUCCUCGCUAUGUCCCUGCUCUUCCCUAGGCUAAAAUAUUGCUAAACUACUUCUGUUAUAUACAGAUACACAUUAGUGACUAUCUCUUCUCUUUUAUUUUACUGUCUUCUAGUCUUCUUAUGACAAAAUGCUUACAAUUAUAUGAGAUCUAACGUACUACUACUUAACUGCACCCUUUGCAUGUUGCUACAAAAUAUACUUGUUUAUUUCAUAAUACAUCUACUUUAUUCAUUCUCAAUUUAUAUGUAAUGCUGCUAAUGUUACCUGAGCAGUCUGUACAUUGUAUAAGUACUUCUGUAAGUAGUUCUUGUGGAGCUUUGUAUGUAAUGCUCUUAAAUGUUACUAGUGUGUUUUGUAAGUUCACUGUGUACUACUGGCAUUAUUUCUUGUGGAGUUUUCCUCCCUGGG